CAGCCCGUUGGGUUCCCCAAACGAUGACAGCCGCGUGCAAAUAUUCAUUAACAGACCUUGGGCUGCAGCAGCAUCUUGGGAGGUGGUGUGUGUGUGUGUGAUGGUCUUGCGGGGUGACUUGAGUUCUCACAACAGGUUGCUAUGACGGGUUGCUUUUCCUUCCUGCCAAGCCCGUAAGCAAUACUUUCAGCGUCCGCCAAGAUGGGGGCGACCGCAGCCUUCCCUUCAAAGAUCCUGACCCUGAAUUAGGGAGAGGAGAUCUUUUUUUUUUCCCAGGGAGGGUGGGAAAGGCCGAAUAUGGGCUGCGUGUGUUUCCGAAGGCCUGGCUGCAGAACUGUGAGAUCCGUCGUUCUCAACAUCCCCGGGGUGACAACCCAAGGGACCCCCCUCGAGCCAUGACGUUUGCCGAACUUCUCGACCGGAUCGGGGGCAUGGGGCGCUUCCAGGUCCUUCACGUGGCCCUGCUGGUCACCCCCGUCCUCUUGACCGCCAGCCACAAUUUGCUCCAGAACUUCUCGGCCGCCGUCCCCGACCACCACUGUCGGAUCCGGUGGGCCGGCAACGCCUCCGAAUGGCCGGCAAACCGGACUCAGAGGAUGAGCCUCCAGGAAGACCUCCUGCAGGUUGCCAUCCCCCAGGAUGCCACCGGGAAGCCGGAGAAAUGCCGGCGAUUUGUCACGCCCCGCUGGCAUCUCCUCGCCACCAACGCCAGCCGCAACGGGACGCCAGAGCCGAUGGAGACGGAGCCGUGCCACGACGGGUGGAUCUAUGACCGAAGUGUUUUUACAAACACCAUCAUCAUGGAGUGGGACCUAGUGUGUAACCUGCGGACCCGAAGACAGAUGGCUCAAUCGAUUUACAUGGGUGGCGUCCUGGUGGGCGCUCUCGUGUUUGGGACCCUUGCCGACAGGUUUGGGCGCAAAGCCGUACUCAGCUGGUCCUACCUGCAGAUGGCUGUUUCAGGCGUGUGCACAGCGUUUUCGCCAAGUCUCACGGCCUAUUGUGUCUUCCGUUUCCUGGUCGGGAUGGCGCUCUCUGGGAUCGUCCUGAACUGCAUGUCCUUAGUCCUUGAAUGGGUGCCCACGAAAGUCCGCACGGUGGCCGGGACGGUGGUAGGAUACAGCGCAACCCUCGGUCAAAUCAUUCUUCCUGGGCUGGCCUACGCCCUGCCGGACUGGCGGUGGCUCCAGUUUGCUGCUUCGAUGCCGUUUUUUGCCUUUUUCAUAUACUCUUGGUGGUUUGCAGAAUCCGCCCGCUGGCUGGUCCUCUCGGGCAAAGUGGAGAAGGCAGUGGAGGUGCUGAAGAAGGUCGCCCAGUUCAACGGCAAGAAGGAUGAAGGGGAAAAGCUCACCACAGAGGUCCUGAAGUCCAACAUGCAGAAAGAACUGGCCUUGGCACAAACCUCUUACACUCUGGUCAGCUUGGCCCGUACACCCACCGUGCGACGCAUCUCGUGUUGCAUUUCCAGCGUAUGGUUUGCGACCAGUUUUGCCUACUAUGGCUUGGCCAUGGACCUCCAGAAUUUCGGCUUCAGCAUCUACCUGAUCCAGGUGGCCUUUGGCUCCAUCGACAUCCCAGCCAAGCUGGGCUCGGCCGUCGGCAUGAGCUACAUCGGGCGGAGAACCACGCAAGCGUCUUCCGUCAUCCUGGCAGGCUUGGCCAUCCUGGCCAAUACGUUUGUGCCCCAAGAGUUACGGACCCUCAGGACCUCUUUGGCGGUGCUCGGCAAAGGGUGUCUGGCAUCAUCUUUCAAUUGCCUCUACCUCUACACGGGGGAGCUGUACCCUACCGUGAUCAGACAGACCGGGAUGGGGCUGGGCAGCACCCUGGCUCGCGUGGGGGGCAUAGUGGCACCAAUGGUAAAAAUGACCGGGGAAUAUCUCCCAUACCUUCCACCGAUCAUAUAUGGGACAGCCCCGAUCUUGUCUGGGAUUGCCGCCAUCUUCCUGCCGGAGACCCUCAACAUGCCUCUUCCAGACACCAUUGAAGAAGUCGAGAACAGAAAUUCGCCCGAGCGAAGGCUCCCCACCAGGGGCCAAGAGCGGGUUUUGCUCCAGAAGAUGGACCAGGAGGUGGCUCCAGGACGGGGGUAAAGAGAAUUAAAUGAGAAGCAAACCACUGGGAAUUCUCACUGCCUCAUAAGCUGACCUCGAGUUUUCGUUUGUGUGGGGGCACAUCUGUGGAAAUCUACGGGGACUAAAUAAACCAGGCAAAUUAACUGCAGAUACCACGUCCCUCUGGAAAACGGAUCGGAGCAGAGCACUGAAUGUCGAAGAUCUGGCAGGGCCAUUGCUCUUUCACUGCCCUCAAGAGCACACGGAUGAUGACCUGGGCACCUCAAUUUUAAUUUAUGAAGGUUGAAGGGCCCAUGAAAUACCACAUGGAAAAUAAAAUCC